AUGGGCUCUUCUAAGAUGUUGCCGUAUCUCAACAUGUUUAUUUUCUCAAAUAUAGGUGGGGUGGUUGCUGAUCACUUGGUCACCAAGAGAAUCUUGUCUGUGACUAGAACCCGGAAGCUUUUGAACACCAUCGGGUUCAUUGUUGCUUCUCUUGCAUUGAUGGCAAUUCCCAUAUUCAGAACAUCUGGUGGGGCUGUUCUCUGCUCUUCUGUGGCUCUCGGUUUCUUGGCACUUGGGAGAGCUGGUUUUGCAGUGAAUCACAUGGAUAUUGCCCCAAGAUACGCAGGCAUUGUGAUGGGAGUUUCUAACACUGCUGGUACGUUAGCUGGCAUUAUUGGAGUUGAUCUGACCGGCAAACUUCUUGAAGCUGCAAGAACUGUUGAUUCGAGUCUUUCAAGUGCAGAGAGCUGGAGAGUGGUGUUUUUCAUUCCGGGGGAGAGAAUUUUUGACUGA